CCCACGACUGAAACUAACUAAUUAGCAACGGCCAAACUACAUCUUAUCCAGGUACUGGGUUUCACACCUAGUCUAGCAAAUGGCUUCUACCAAUCUAUGCUUUCUCUCCCAAAACACCACCAAAAUCCUGAACUUGUCACUCCCAAAGCUCACUCCCCCCAUUCCCAAACCCAAUUUCCUCUCCGUCACAAGUUUCCCUUCCUCAUUUCCUCGCUUUCUGUGGAGCAAGGUGGCCCCUUUCAAGAGCUCCAACCGACUCUCCUGCCGCAGUGCCUCCACCAUCCCCGUCAGCACCAAGAACUACGAGUUUUCUGAUGGUUCUUCUGAGGUGGAGUUGAGAUUACAACUCAAUGUGGACGUUCAAAAUUCCAGAGACAUAUUUGUGGAUUCAAAUGACACCUCUUUAACAAUUAGAGUACAGCGCAAUGGCUAUCUCAUCACACUUAUAGAAACUAAUAAUCUGUUUGGAAGAAUAAAGCCUGCUGAAACAAUAUGGUACAUAGAUGAUGAUCAACUGGUUAUAAACUUGAAAAAGCAAGAUCCAGAUUUGAAGUGGCCUGACAUUGUGGAGUCCUGGGAGUCCCUGACAAUGGCAUCUACGCAACUUCUGCAAGGAACAUCAAUCUACAUUGUUGGGGAUUCAACUGAAAUUAACCAGAAAGUGGCUGGAGAACUUGCAGUUGGUCUUGGGUACACGCCACUUAGCACAAAAGAGUUGCUGGAAAUGUAUACCAAGCAAAACUUUGAUUCAUGGGUGCUCACUGAAGGCUCUGACUCUGUUGCGGAAGCAGAAGGUGCCAUAUUAGAAAGUUUAAGCAGUCAUGUUCGGGCUGUUGUUGCAACAUUAGGAGGGCAGCAGGGAGCUGCUAGAAGGGCUGAUAAGUGGCAGCAUCUUUAUGCAGGAUUUACUGUGUGGCUGUCCCACACUGAAGCUACAGAUGAAGAUUCAGCAAAGGAGGAGGCGAAGAGGCAAAUGCAAGAUGCUAGACUGGGUUACUCAAACGCUGACGUGGUUGUCAAGCUUCAGGGUUGGGACACUGAUCAUGCCAAAACUGUGGCUCAGGGAUCCUUGAGUGCCCUUAAACAGUUAGUUCUGUCAGACAAGAAACUUGCAGGUAAGAAGAGCCUGUAUAUAAGGCUGGGGUGUCGUGGUGAUUGGCCAAACAUCAAGCCUCCUGGUUGGGAUCCAUCAGCCGGGAAUGUACCUCCGAGUGCACUAUAAUGUUAAAAAUCACACUGCAAGUAUGUAUCACGAUUCAAAUCUUGUUGCUCCAAACUCUGUUAUGGUGAUGUAUAUCCCAAUCUUGAUGUUCUUCAAUGAGUAACAAGAAUACCAAAAUAUUCAUUUUGAUAGGUGAGAUCGAAAUGAAGGUUUAUUCAUGCA